AUGAAAUUUUCGUUGAUAUUUUUAUUUGUGGGCCUCUGUGUUUUGGCCAUGAGCCAAAUAGGCUAUGCACAGCCCGUACCGGAGGAUGCAGCUGCUACGAAAGAUGCAACUGAAACUAAACCGGAGGAGCCUUCCGAAGAUGCUGAAGAACCAUCAGAUGAAGGUAAGGAAGAGGCUCCUGAAGAAGACGAAGAAGCUCCAGCAGAGGAGAAACCCGAAGAUGCUCCAGUAGAAGAAGAACCCGAAGAAACUCCAGCAGAAGAAGCCCCCAAAGAAGCUGCAGCAGAGGAGAAACCCGAAGAUGCCCCAGUUGAUGAAAAUAAAGAUGCUCCAGCUGAAGAUGCUGCAAAGGAAGAUCCUAAAGACGAUAGUGCUUCUCCAAAGGAAAGCGAUGCUCCAAAGGAUGAAGAAAAUAAAGAAGAGACUAAGAAACCGCCAAAAAAGAGCAAAUCUCCUGCCAAAAAGAAACCAUCCAGUUUCCUGGAAAUAAUCAGCCCUUUUAGAGUUGGUACUUUAGUUGUUACCAAUGGUGCUGCUAAAUUUACUGAUUUUAUUUCCGAUAUGAUAGAUAUAUUUGUUUAA